UGGCUGUCAGCCUGAGGAGGUGGCCCAGCAUACCCUGGGGAUUCCAGGCUGUUGGGACCACCCGAGCCCUCUCUACGAGGUGGCUCAGCCUCUGGGGAAGGGGAGCGGGGAAGGAUGACAGAGCCUGUGGGACGGGGGAAAAGCAGAAGCUUCUCCUUAAUCCGGCCUCCCGGGUACCCUUUCUUUGGCUUCUAGGGGUACCCUGAGCUGUCUCUAACAGUCCCUCCCCAAAGGCUAUCACUGUCACACCUGUGUGUGUCCCAGGUGGGCAGAGGCCUGGUCAGGAGCCUGAAGCACAGGCUUUGCAGAGACCUGCCCCUCCCCCACCACACGCAGACACACGCUACACCUUUGAUUAGGAGGCGAGUGGCUGCACUUGUGCUGAGUUCAGGCCUUCUGCAGAGGGUGAAAUCUGUCGAGGAGGCACUUUUCAGCUUCCAGCCGCCACACUCGGCACUUCUCUGUGUGAUCUCUUCAGGAAGUCACCGUUGUGCUCAGCAUUCGGGGGUGGAGGGAGGAUGGCUGGCGGGAAAAGCUGGUGCUUGGGCUGUUCCUUUGGGCUGACAACGGUUAGACCCAGGGGAGUGUCCCUGUACCCUGACUCAGACUCGAGGCUGGGGGAGCCCCCUGGGUGGGUCUGGGGCUCUGGGGAUCUUCUGGCCUCCAGCUGGUGUCUUCUCCAUCCUCUGCUCUGGAACAGCCAUGGGACCAGCCUCAGGGUCUGCCUCAGAGCCCUGGGGAACCCGGCUGUGGUGAGGCACGUCCCGGGACUAGGACGGGGCUAGGUGAGGUGGCCGCUGUACCCUGAAGCCGCUUUGCACUUCCACCUCCCCCACCUGUGCUGUAUCUCCCCAGUGAGGGUGAGAAAGCCCCCAGCCCAGGGCUACCUGCAGAGCUUGUGACCUCCUGCAGCAGGGAGACCACGGUCCUUCUUUUUCUCCAGCCACUUACCUUUCUGUGCCAAACCUGGCAAGUAGGGGUUUGAGAGGGAAGCGUCCUUGUUUAAGGGUUUGGUGGGGGGCUGGCUGGGCCAGAAUUGCAGGAUUAGGUGCACAGAAAUGUCCUUGGCAGGGCUUGAGAAAGCAUUGAGGGCCGGGUAUGGGAAAGGCAACUGAAUGGCUGCGAGGGGGCCCUUUGGUCUGCACCCCCCAGUCCUUUUGUUGUUCUCUGAGCUGUGGGCAUUGACCCCUGGUGGGGGGGAGGGCUGGAGGAGGCUGAGCGGGUCCCCCGGUUGGGUGGCUAACCGGGCACUGUUAGGAAAUAGCAGUGAUGGGGUGGGGCAGGGGCACAAGAUGCCGCAAUCCAAAGCCACAGGAAGGUUGCUCCACCAGGCAGCGGAGGUGGGCUGAGCCCAGCCUCUGCUGGGGUGCCUGCCACCUGGGGGUGGAGGGGGGGGCUCCCACCAAUGCUGAGGACGGUCAAGCUCUUCAAAGUGAAAAGUCUGACUCGCCUGCAUCCUCGUCUUGGCCCCGAGGCCUUCACGGGAACCCCCCCCCCCCAGGACCCCCGUACCAGGGCAGCUAAGGGGAGGGGGCUGUCGGAGGUCGGGCCCUGGAGUGCACAGGUGUGGGGGCACUGGCCCCAGCAGCGCUCUGCCCAGGCUGCGGGUCCCCGGGGCUGUGCUGGCUGGCAGCCCUGGGGAGCGCCAGGCCAGGCUGGUGAGGGAGCGGGAGCGAUGUGCUGAGUCAGCGUGACUCGCCAGGAACAGCCAUGCUCUGGGGCGCACACUGGGGUUAUUUUUAAAGCUCCCGGCUUCCUUCUAGGCUGGCCCCUCCUGCAUCCCUUCCAUCUCUUCCCGAGGCCCUUUUCUAGUCUCUGCCGUUCUCUAACAGCCGUUCAUUCAGUUUCCCUCCCCUGAUCUGGCCCACUGGGUUCCUGGGCACAAGGUGCACGGGGAGCAGCCUAGCCAGAGGGUGGCAGGUGGUCCUCUGGGCCAGGUAUCGGGAAUGGUCAGAGUGCCUGCUUGCCGUGCCCCCGGGUUAUGACGACCCCCAAUAAAGGAAACAAAGCCUUGAAGGUGAAGCGGGAGCCGGGAGAGAAUGGCACCAGCCUGACCGACGAGGAGCUGGUGACCAUGUCGGUGCGGGAGCUCAACCAGCACCUGCGAGGCCUGUCCAAGGAGGAGAUCAUCCAGCUGAAGCAGCGCCGGCGCACGCUCAAGAACCGCGGCUACGCUGCCAGCUGCCGUGUCAAGCGCGUGACGCAGAAGGAGGAGCUGGAGAAGCAGAAGGCGGAGCUGCAGCAAGAGGUGGAGAAGCUGGCCUCGGAGAACGCCAGCAUGAAGCUGGAGCUCGACGCGCUGCGCUCCAAGUACGAGGCCCUGCAGAACUUCGCCAGGACCGUGGCCCGCAGCCCCGUGGCGCCGGCCCGGGGACCCCUCGCCGCCGGCCUGGGGCCCCUCGUCCCCGGCAAGGUGGCCGCCACCAGCGUCAUCACGAUAGUAAAGUCCAAGACGGACGCCCGGUCGUAGGGACGCGCGCUUGCCCGGGCGGGUCUGCGAGGGGCCACUAGGCGCAUGGCGAGUUUGGCAGCCCUGUCCCUUCUUUCUCCUCUCCUUUCUUCCUCUCCCGCCUCCUCCCUCCCCUGCAAAGCACAACCUGCACCCCGGGGGCGCCGGGCUGAGCCCCUCUGAUCUCGUCGUUGUCAUCGUGUGUUUUGUACGUUGGGAUUGGUCAGUUCGGCGGUGGUGUGGGGUCGCCCCAGUCCCCUUUGUACCAAGGCCGUGCAGGCUUGGAGUCUAGGGCUGGCCCCGUGGGAACAGAGGAACACCGGACGCGCACUCUGGGGCUUGCGAGUUUGAGCAGGGAGGGCUCCAGGGCAGGGGGCCGCUGGCCACUCCUGGUGGCCCACAGCCCUGACCGCUGCCGGCUGGCAGGGGGCUGUGGUUCACUCUCAGUGCGGCCAAUGGGCAUAGAUGGCCUCUGCUCCUACGAGUAGGGUGUCCUCGAGGGCCCUGCAUGGGCGGGCCACCAGCCUGGGCGCUACAGGCGCUGGGAGGGACAGGGCGUUCUGUGGCUUUGGGCCAGGGGCCACGGCGCUCCAGCCUGACACAUUGCACUGAACAAGACCAAAUCACUGGUUGUGAGCAUACGUGAAGGGUGUGUCCCGUGUCCUGCGAUGGGUCCCGUGUCACUGUUUACAUGAGCUAUUUGUGUGGUUACAUAGCCCUUUAUUUAAAAGAGAGGAGUUCCUUUUACGAAGUUAUUAAAUUAUAUGUUUAAAAGCUAAAGAAAAAAGAGCUGCAGAGUAUUUAUAAAACUGUCUUUUUAAAAAAAAAAAACAAGCAAGAACAUUUGACCGUAUAUAUGGACAAGGAAGGAAAGUAUAAUAGAAACUUUGCUAGUUUAACAAAAGAAAAAAACAAAAAAAAAAUCCCUUUCUUGUAAACUUAUGGACAAGUCUUUGUGGCUGUUGGAGUUUAGUUUUUAUAUACACAGAGUUAUCAGACGUUAUUUAUAAAACUUAGUUUUAAAAAAGACAAAAAAAAAAAAAAAAAAAGCCAAGCCGUGAGCGACCACAAGGCGCGUGCUGGCGCCCUCUUUGCUAUCUCUUUUGCAAUUGUACCGAAAGUGACUUACUCCCUUGCCCUUCCUGCUUCCGUCUCUUGCCGGUGCCGUGCCGUAGUGCUGUCGUCUGAGCCUGGUGAGGUCUUGUGCAGCGUCCCGUGCUGGUGCUUCUGGUGACCUUUGACCUGUGGGUGUCACUUCUUGUGUCUGUUAUUCCCGUGUCUGUUUUUUGGAUUUGGUUGUGUUUUUGCUUCUGCUGGCAUGCUGGGCCUGCACUGGGUGCUGGGCAGCUCCUGCUUCGGCAGGGCCUGGGAAUCUGCCCGCCAGCCCGGCCCCUCUGCCUCGGUGCCUGACCCAGGACCCCAGAGGAUCAGAUACGGGGCUCUGCCGCUCUCACCUCUGCACAGCCUUGGCUUCGCAUGUCUCUGGAAGGCUUGGGCUGAACCAGUGGCCGGGUGGGUGAGACCAGGGGCCAUCCCAGAGCGCCCCCCGACCCCACCGCUUCCGUGCCCACCGCUUCUGGCCAUGGGUGACAGACUAGCAGGGACCAAGAAGUCACUAGGUGCCCCCAGGUGUCUUCCUUCUGGCCUCUCAUCAACACGUGUGGGCUCUGGCCGUCGAGCGCAGCCUUGUUCCUGCAGGUGUCACGUGGGCCCCAUCCGGGGAACCCUAUGGCCCAUGUGGGAGUGUCAAGGCCUGCUGCCCACCUAUCCUAGCCGUGUUUCCAUGCUGUGAAGGGAUACUUCCCGGGAAACCAGGUGGUUUGGGGCUUGUCUGGGGUGGCCCCUCUCCCUGCCUGCGGGCCAGAGUGGGGGGGGUCUCCACCAGUGUCAGACAAGGGCUACAGUCUCCAGGGCCAGGUCCUGUCCCUCACCUCGCCCUGAAUGUGCUCCGGCUCUUGGCUGUGGGCCACUUUUUGCCUCCCUUUGGGAUCUGUGUCUUCCAGGGAUGCGCUGCUCAGCUUGUGGAGGUGCAUCUCUCCGGGGCUGAGCCCACCUCCCCAUGGCCCCUCGACAGAGGCAGCUAGUCUUCCAGCCCUGGCUCGGGAAGCUCCUCCUAGGCCUGUGACGGGAGCUGCCUGCGGUGCCUGCCCUCAAGAGGCUACUGCCCUGUCUCUGGCCACAUGGGUCUCGGCUUCUCCUGGAGGUCGCUGGGCAGCUUCUCUGGGGGCUUGAGCCCCUAUAAAGCACAGAGGUGUGGGCUGGUGAAAAGAAUCUCACUGCAGCCUGGUGGGGCAUGACUUUGGGGGCAGCAGGGUUUCCCUCCCUGGGUGUGACCCCGGGUGCCGUGGGAUAGGAACAGGGCCAUGCUGUCCGAUUCUAUCUUCUCUUGGUCCUAGAUGCUCCCCGGUCCCGGUUGGACUCGGGUCGGCCUGCCGUGGAGAUUCUGACUGUUGACUCUCAAUACUUAGUGGCUUACUGCCCCUCCCUGCCAUGUGGCUUUGUCUACCUAGGGUCCAGAUGAAAGUUGUCGAUGUUGGUCGUAGCGGCACUGAUUUGGAAUCCCAUCCUAAGAGUCUCUGAAGAGAGGGAGAAGCCUGUGCCCUCCAUAUCCACUUCUGGUCCCCACUUUGGUCCUGGCUAGGAGGCAGUCAUCCAUCUGCCAGGCUGGAGACCUGGAGAGCAGAGGAAGGAGACAGGCUUGGAAGGUGAGAGGCAGGCUGUGGGGGUGGGCACCCGGAGAAGACCAAUUGCAGAUCUCAUUUAGGUAAUAGAAGAAGCUUCUAGAGUUAGUGAGGCCAUGUUUCCUUUCAUGGUUUUUGGAUUUGGAGCAACUGUUCCUUGGGUCUGGGGGAACAUCCCGUUCCUGUCAAGCCCGCCCAGCGGGGCCACUCCGCACUCUGCCCCUUCCCUCCCAUCACCUUGGUUUCUUGACAGGUACAGCCUGUGUCCACAUGUGACUGCUUUGGUGUCUUUCUGAUUCUUGUUAAUUUAGUUUUCCUACUGUGACGGUGUCGUGUUCUUUUUCCCGACUUUUCUGACACAGCGAAUCGAGGGCUUUGGCAGAGGCCAAGUCUCCCAAACUUGCCCGCUAAGUAAACCAUGAUGUGCACCUUCCUUCCCAUCUUGCCCUCACUCCUCCCUUAUCCCAACACGGACACUCAGAUUUCAGAGGAGAGCCCUGUGGGAACAGGUCAGCUCCUGCCCUGAGUAUGACCCCAGGGAGACCUCCCCAUGGCCCUGGCUUGCUGCUCUGGGUGGCACUGCUGUUUGUCCAGGUGAGGAGAUGUGGCUGCUCAGCCGUGUGGUGCUCUGGUUUCUGCCGGAUGCCAGGUCUCCCCUGGAGGCUUUUCUGCUCUUGCUCCAGGUCUUUGUGCACACCGCUGAUGGUCAACAGCAGCCUCUGUGGUCAGCGCGUGAGCCCACAGCUCUGAUUGGCUGCGGCCUGCUUUGGGACAGGUGGUCAAGCCCCCUCCUGUCCCUGUCGCCUCCCCUCUCUGAGGUGGCCAGUUGGCUCAAGCUCCCAUCCACCACUGGGCAGCCCAAGCCACAGCCUGCAGCACCGCUUCCGCUCUGGGAUCUUGUAAGUUGCUUUUUUAGGCUGUGGUUUGGUGAAAGGAACCAACACGGUAACGAUCCCCCCCCCCCCCCAGAAGCCACUGAAUAAUUCGUUUUGGCGCGUUUUUGCCUUCCUGUUGGCCGUCUAGUUUUGGAGCAGGCGGGGAGACGUGGAGGGCACACGAGGCAGGGCUGUGGCCUGUCCUCCUGCAGGCCUGUGUGUUUUGAGCAUGUGCUGUCCCCGUGGGCCAGUCACCGGGUCUCCACCCCGCGCUGGGGCAGCAGCCUUGGUGCGUGGUGCCUGGGCAGCCCGAGCAGGAGGGGAGCGUGCCGGGGAGCUUCGAGGGGCCGGCCCUCCCUCCCCCGCACCCCGCACCCCGCACCCUGCUGCUCCCUGAAGCCUUUAACCAAACGGGAGUGGGUGGCGCCGCCGUUUAGCCCGGUGCCCGGCCCCGGGGCCGCCCUGGCGCUGAGGGGCUGGGUGCAGGGAGUCGCCGAGGGCUGGAAGCAGGGGCGGGGGUCCGGGGGCUGCCGGGGCUCCCGGGCCGUUGAAGAUCCAGGCGAGGAGGGGCCUCCCUGGGCCGCGGCGCAGCGCCCCGCCUGCCCUGUGCAGUAUUUAUUGCUAAAUUAUUGUCCAGGGGGGGGCGGCACUGGGCCGGACCCCGGGUAUUUAUUGCUGUACAUAGUGUAUGUUUGUGAUAUAUAAGGUUUUCUUUAUUUUGUAUAUGACCAAUAAACACCUUUUAAAGAGAC